ACGUCCCCUGGCACCUCAAGGCUUGGCUGCCUCUCCCCUCACCUCCACAUUACCCCUCGGGACGCAACCAGUUACCCAGCUCCGCUAAAACCCCCUCGCCGGACCCCAGUGAAGUGUUAUAUUAGUGAGGGAGAGCGCUACCAGCCAGUGAGUCUUGAGUCUGCGACAAAGUACACACUGAGUGGCGCGUGUUGUGAGUCCUUGCAGUGACGAGUGUGUCAGCUCCUCAAGAGUCCAGCCAGACUGAAGUAGGACUUGAAGAGUUUGAAGAGCGACCUCUCGAGAGUGUUUGCAUCGCACUACCACCACCACCACCACCACCACCACCUCCUCCUAGGUCGCAUGUCUCCCUUCAAUCAUGACUAAACGCCAGUGAUACAUUACUGCUAUUUGUAGAGGCCCUCCUGCUCGCCUCUUGAUUUCUCACUUGAGUGAGAGAGAGAGAGAGGGAUAGAGAGAGGGAGAGAGAGAGGGGAGGGGGAGGGGAGAGGGAAUCCUGGGAGUGACGUCUGCAGUUCCCACACACACACAAGGAUACUCAUUACCUGCAAACUCCUGCUUCCAUACACUUACGGAAGUUUCCGCCUUGACUUCGGUGAUACGCGCCUCAUCACGCUGGAUGUCAACUCAAUAAAAAUUACUCAUCUACUGUUUUACACCGACAGACGUUGAAAACAUCCGUUUGAGAAAUCGCUUCAGCGAUUUACACGUUCCGAAAGACACUUGAUUCUCGAACUGACAGUCUCCAAUUGGUGAAUGAGCCGCGAACUGUUCCAGCGAUCGGUACUGUGACUUGUGUUCCUUAGGUUAAAAUAUUUUUUUUUUUUAUUUUGGUUGCUAGUACCGUUUGGUACCGCUAGUCUGGCCCAACUGUGGGUACUCCCUUCCCGACGGCGGUACGACUACGACCAUAACUACAACGACAAUUACCGCCCACACUUCCACGACGCUCGUCGGGGUCGUACGCCCCCCCGCCUACACACCAUGAUGAUGUCUGGAGGCAUGCCACCCACGGCGGGCGGUAUGGGCGUGAUGGGCGUGAUGGGCGGGUAUCUCAGCAGCGGGAGAGAGUACCUUGAGGGCGGCACCGUAGGCGUGGAUCCCUCGGUGUGGGUACCGCCCUUCUGGGAUGACCCGCACCUGCCCGACGCCCACCUUCACGACCCGGGUAUGGCUGACGCCACCCACAUGGGCGAACCCACGGCCAUGGGCGACGUGGGUCCCGCAGACAUCAUGGACGCUUUUCCCCCACACCAACAACAUGAGUACAUGAUGGGAGACUCUGUAGUGGUGAAGGAGGAAAGCGGACUCAAGGACGACUAUGACAAGUACAAGGACGAGGAGUACCAAUACAAGGAUAGCUACGUCAAGUACGUCAAGGACGAAGAUUACCUGAAGGAAGAGACGGCAUAUAUUGAGAGUGGAGGAGGAGGAGGAGGAGGAGGAGGAGGAGGAGGUGGUGGAGGAGGAGGUGAAGGAGGGGGUGGUGGAGGUGGAGGAGGAGACAGUACAAUUCCAGUCGGAAGUGGAGGAAGUGGAGGAGGUCUUGUUGGUGUUGGUGGUUCGCCCUCGACUUCCAUCUCCUCCUCCAAUACCUCCUCCUCCAACAGCUCUUUGGCGGGAGGCGCGUCGCUCCACCCCCCUCUGACGUCCCCCCACGUACAACAGCUCAGCUCCCUCUGCCCCCCCUUCCCCGAGGCCCACCUCACCUCCCUCUCAGGCCCCAAGGACGACCUUGACAAAAAGGGCAGCCACGGAGGAGAGAAAACCAAAAGUGGAGAUGGAUCAAAACCAAAAACCAAAAGAAAACCCAGAGUUCUCUUCUCACAGGCUCAGGUAUACGAGUUAGAGAGGCGGUUCAAGCAGCAGCGAUAUCUCUCAGCACCGGAGAGGGAACACCUAGCCAGCCUGCUCAAACUCACCUCCACCCAAGUAAAGAUCUGGUUCCAGAACCGCCGCUACAAGUGCAAGCGCCAGAGACAGGACAAGAACCUGGAAAUGACCACCGCCGCUGCCGCCGCCGCCGCCUCCAUGGCCUCCGUCACCUCCCCUCGCAGAGUGGCAGUUCCUGUUCUGGUACGUGACGGCAAGCCAUGUCCUGCAGGCUACCCACCAGCCUACCCUCCCGCAUACAACCCCCCACAGUACUCUCCUCCGGCUUACCAAUGCCCAUACACUGGCCAAACAACGGCCUACCCACAGUCCCAAACCUUCAAUCAGCAGACUUUGCGUACGUGGUGAUGGAGGAUGGGACGUGUAGCCAGGAGCAGGGACGUCUUCAAGUUGCUCUCUAAAACACACAUACACACACACACACACACACACACACAACACUGGCAGUUCCUAAUGCGCGAGACAUCGACGAAGUGCGAGACAAGUUGUGUUGAUAGCGCAUAGUGCAAACGAGAAACGAGAUCCAUACUGUCUUGAAGUAUCGAACAGUAGCUGAGACGUAUCUUCUUCACAGUGCCAAACCAAGAGAUGAGACUGGUAUUGUCUUUCUUUAAAGUGCCAUACGAGAAAAACAACUCAGUGCCAGAUGAGAGCUGAGAUAGGCACCUUAUCUUUCUCACGGUGCCAAAACAAAUAAAACUAAAAACAGUGUCAUUUUCUAUCUCAUUGAGUAGGUUGAAAGAGAAUUAAGAAAACACACGCAUAAAGUAUAUAAAAGACCACGAAUGAUCUUAUACAGCACUUUUUUUUAUGUAUUCAACGCCGAACUUGCAGCCUACCACCUAGUGUUACCGAAGAACAUAGAGUAUCCCACUAAGUAUAAUUGCAGAACAUAGCCUCCCACUUGGUGUCGCUGCAGAGAAUACGACAUCCAUUUAGUGUCACUGCAGAACACGUUGCCUUCCACCUGGUGAAGCGAGCGUUGCUUCUGCAUAGAUGAAGACUGGUAGGGAGCUCGACUUCAGAGUUCAGGUAUAUUUGUGACUGUCGAAGAAAUGGUCCUCCCCAAAAAAGUGAGCAUUUAUAUUUUCUAAGAUAAAGAGGAACAUUAGAUAAAUAUGAAAGUAUAUGUACAUAUAUAUGUAUAUGUUCGAGUGUGUAUGUUUGUGUGAAUGCCAGUGUGUUUGUGUGUAUAUAUGUGUGCGUGUAGUCUCUUCGAACCUGGAGAGUGAAUAGUGAGAAGUGCGGACAUUUUGUACUUAGUAAAAAGCAAUAAUUAUGUAGUAUAGUGUUUUUUCAUGGAAAAAAAAAUAUUUGAAAACAGAAGAAAACCUAAAAUUAAAUAAGGUGGAAAAAAUAGGAUGAAAAUUCCCUUAUUUUUUUUUUUUGCUCCUUGAGUAACACGAGAAUGAACAUAAAUUAUGUAUUCUUAAAUUAUUUUUCCCCUCUAAAGUGAUAAGGAAAUUUCCAAACCAGGACAGUGUUUCCGAUUAUUAUUAUAAUCAAAAAGAAGCGCUAAGCUACAUGGGCUAUACAGCGACAGUGUUCCUGAAUAGUGCGGGUGAACGUCUGCUAUUGGCUGACACCCCGCGCCAAAGAGCAUCUGGGAUUGGUUAGCGUUGGACGCCAAAGAGCAUCUGGGAUUGGUUAGCGUUGGACGCCAAAGAGCUUCUGGGUUUGGCUGGCGUCCUUCGCAAAAGAGCGGUAAUCUGUGUCGUCUUACCAAAGUGGAACUUAAACAUAGAAAUAAAUGAUCAUAUCACAUCUCGAAGACGAACACGGAAAGCAAGAAACGCGACAUCGAACUCGAAUACUCAGGAUCCACAUCAGCUGGUCGUCUUAAGAAGCUAGGACUAGCAAUCAUCAUUAGCCAGGUCUAACGACCAUUUGCCAAGUCUGGCGACCAUUUACCAGGCCUGACGACCAUAAGCAAGGUCUAGGGACCAUUAACCAGGUCUGGCGACCAUUAACCAAGUACAGCCUGGCCACCAUAUCAUUUACCAUCCGAUAUAAAACAUAAAAAAAAAAAUCAUCUUAUAAACAAAUUAACAUCAACUACAAGACAAAAAACUCAACUCAUAAUACUAACAAAUAUUAUUGUUUCAUUAAAUAAA